CCCUCCAUCAGUCUCGUGCUGCCUCGUCCUGUUCCUCUGUAGCUCCCUAGGGUUUCGUGCUCAUCAAAACCCCAAAACCCAUUUCUCAAAUUCCAAAUCUUGGAACGCUAAUUAAUCCCACCAGAAAUACAUCACCUACGCUUUUUGUAUACAUAAUUUGUCAAAUACUCCCAUUUUUUAUUGGAAAAUGAAAAUCUUCCCAUUUAUUGCUCGUAAUCACGCAUUUUGCAUUCCCCAUAUGCACUCUCUUGUUUUUGUCCCCCCCUCUCUUUCUCAGUCGUCCUUCACUCUCUCUCUCCCUCCCGUUUUCUUCUCAAUCUAUGUCUCUUUUCUAGGGUUCUCUUUUUCCCACUCCCUUUCAGAGAUCACCUGAUUUUGUCUUCCCCAGGUUUCUGGGUUUUGUGUGUGCUUUUGUGGUGCUCAGAGAUGGGAUUUUGAUGAGAGAUCCCUGAUGUUUUCCUCACUGCGACUUGCUGCUUGAGGCAUACCAAAAUGUUUAUCUUUUAGUUCACUGCAAGUUCCGUAAGCAAGCUUUGCCGCAGGGAAUGUGGUUUCUGCUGCAGGAAAUGUGGUCUGAUGAACCUGUUUCUGUAUAUUUUUUCCACUAGAAAACGAAGUUUUAGUUGAAACUAUGAACGAAUAUAUUUUUCUUACUGCUUUUAGCUCUCUAGAAUUUGUGGGCAUUCCUCAUUUUUUCUUAGAACAGCUUAUUUGAGCUUCUGAAGUCUCAGAUCAGUACUUUAUUUUUGUUGUGCCUUUAGAUUUCUCUGAGAUUCCUGAUGGAUUCUCCAGGAUUCCUAGUGCUUAUUUUGUACAUUUGGACCUGAAAAGCUUCGUUCAGUUCUUUUUGGAUUUGAAGAAAAAGCUGUAUUCCUGGAAUAAGAAUAAACAAGUAGCGUUCUGUUGUGGUAUAUCAACUGGGACUCGGAAAAAAAUCAAUCUUUCUGUACGAGGCUGAGCCAGAAAGAACUCUAAACGUCGGUUGUUCGGCAUUAGAAAAACUUAUUUGCUGAAACCAUAAGUUUAGGAUGGAUUUCCUGAAAGUGAAAAAGCUUAGAAAAGCUAGAAGACAAAACCUGGAACAAGAAUCAGAGGAUAAGGCUGUGCCACAGCCAGAGAAACUGAAAAAUGAAAAUGGCGGUGAUGAGAGCAAAUCAUCGAAGGCUAAUCCUGCUUCUGAAAUGGAGGAAGAUGAAGACGAUGAUGAAUUUUUCACGAAUGAGGUGAAAAAAAGGCUGAAGGAGCUGAGAAGGAACAGUUUUAUGGUGCUGAUCCCAGAGGAGUCUUGUCCGGAAGAUGAGGAUGAUGAAGAGGAAGGGGAAACAAGCUCGAGUGAGUGGAGGGACAUAGAAGCCGAUGGUCGGCAGCCAUGGUGUGGCUUUGAUGGUGUAUAUGACAAAUACUGUGAGCGGAUGCUGUUCUUUGAUAAGAUGAGUGCUCAGCAGCUAAAAGAAGCUGGCUCCCAGACUAGUACUCCUACUCCAUCACCAAGAUCUACAUCAAAAAAGCUAACUUCUCCUUUUCGCUGCCUGUCACUGAAAAAGAUUGAAGAACCUGAAGAAGAAAUGGAGCAUCUCCAGCAGUCGGAGAAUGAUCAUCGGGAUGAUCUUGAAACAGCAUAUGUAGCCCAAUUGUGCUUGACUUGGGAGGCACUUAACUGCCAAUACACUCAAUUGAGUCAGAAAGUGGCGUGCCACCCUGAAAAUGCCGCCUGUUAUAAUCACAGUGCUCAACAGUUUCAGCAAUUUCAGGUUUUGUUGCAAAGAUUUAUUGAAAAUGAACCUUUUGAGCUGGGUAUUAGGGCAGAAAUCUAUGCUCGAACAAGAAAUUCCUUGCCAAAACUGCUUCAGGUUCCAAUUGUACAAGGGUCAGAUCAUAACGAGGCAGAAGAAGAGGAGUCUGAUAUGCUGGUCCAUGCCCCGGAUCUAGUUAGAAUAAUUGAGAGCUCGAUUCUUACUUUCCAUCUUUUUGUUAAGGCAGACAAGAACAAAUCAAGAAGUGUGGUUCUUAAUUUAUUUGGAGGCCAGAAUCAGAUUGCUACCCCCCUUCAGCUGAUUCAGUCUUUUCUUGAGAAGAAAAAGAUGAAACUGAAGGAACUGUGUAAAAAGAGGAAAGGAGGGAAAAAGAAAUCAUGGCCAGCAAUGUCAGAGGAAGUGGAUCUGUUGUUUGGCCUCAUUGACAUCAAAGUUUUGUCGAGGGUGCUGAGAAUGGAAAGGAUCAGCAAGGAGCAGUUGCUUUGGUGUGAAGAAAAGAUUAACAAUCUGGAUUUAACCGAGGGGAAGCUGAAGAGAGACCCUUCUCCAGUACUUUUCCCUUGUUAAUACCUCUUUGGAAAGAUGGAUUUACAUUGUCUCGGCCGCCAAGAAGCUGCAUGGGGAUCCAGUUAUUUUUUUAGGCUUUACAGUGACCAGACUUUGAUAUCCUCUAAACAACUGAAACAUUAAUCAUGCUUUCGCUUGUAUGAUUUAUAGGCAGCAAAAUGGUUUGCUGAAGUGUUUAUCUAAUUCGCAUUGUCGGUAUGAUUUUGUCAUUUUGCUGGCAGAUACCAUUACCAGCUCUUUGACAAGCCAUUUAUAUCUGCGUAUUAUAUAAGCCUACUCAUUGGGUUCCCGGAGA